GCGGAGGCGCUAGUAUGCAUAACCGCAGCGGUAAAGGAAUAUUCGCUUUAAACUAACUACCUAAAAUCUACAUUGUUAAAGUGGGAUUUCCGGAUUGUGAAGCGAAAGCAUAGCGCUAAGUGAAGAAAGAGCACUAAAAAUAAAUAAAUAAAUAAAAAUUAAGAGUGAAACUGGUACACAAAUUUUUCCGAACCAGCGACAUCGACAGCAACAGCAACGGUUACAACUAUGAAAGCGGUUUUUAUUUAGCCAUAACGUUAAUUGGGUGCCUCAAUGCAUUACAGGCAUUUAAGUGUACACGUUUCGAGCACACAUUUUCAAUGAUAAUUGAAACACGCCCACCUAAAUAGCUAAUACAUAAAUGGAGGUGAAAAAGAAAUAAGAAAUCGCAAAUAAAAUACAUGACCGUUAAUCAGUGAAUUAAAAAUUAAAAAAAACUGUGAUACAUAAAUUUUGAACAAUACAAACCAUUGUGCUUGUGAUAUUGUGUAGAAUAUGUAACUAAGUGUCUGUGAAAAUACUCGUAUGUAUGUAUGUUUAUAUGCGCAUAAUUCCAAGUAUGUAAUUAUGUAAAAGUAAAAUAUGCUGAAACUAAAAAAAAAAGGAGUGUCUAAUCAAAACAUUUCAAAUAGUAAGACAGAUUAAAUUCACGCACUUACUAAAAAUGUGCAACACAAUGACGGCAACGGACAAAGCAACGGAAGUAACAAACGGCUCCGUUAAUAACCAACCGUAUUUCAUACAAAAUGGCAACCGGAACCUUUCAUCUGACAUGGCUGGUGACCCUUCGGAAAUUAGUAAUUUUCGACGCGCAUUACCACAAUUUUUAGCUGUAAGCGCUAAGAAUAUAUUACUUUUUGUGUAUGGUAUGACGCUGGGCUUUCCCACCAUAGUGAUACCAGCCAUACAGGGCGGUGAAGGACGUGAACCCAGUGAUAUAGUAUUAAAUAGAGAUGAAAUAUCUUGGUUUAGUUCUAUAAAUUUAAUUUGUGUGCCUUUGGGUUGCCUAUUUUCGGGUCUUCUUACACAACCGCUUGGCAAACGUCGCGCUAUGCAGUUGGUCAAUUUGCCUAUUUUGGCUUCAUGGCUACUUUUCCACUUUUCGACGCGCACUGAACAUCUUUAUGCUGCACUGUGUUUGAGCGGACUAGGUGGCGGUCUAAUGGAAGCGCCGGUAUUGACGUAUGUUGCCGAAAUAACCGAGCCCAAAUUCCGUGGUAUACUAUCAGCUCUCGGUUCAACAUGUGUCAUAACCGGUGUUUUCAUACAAUUCAUUAUGGGCUCUUUGUUGGAUUGGCGAACAAUAGCCGCUUUGAGCUCAGCUUUUCCGAUCAUUUGUAUAAUAGCAUUGUGCUUUGUGCCCGAAAGUCCCACAUGGCUAAUAAGAGAACAUCGCUUUCGUGAGGCUGUAAAAUCUCUACAAUGGCUACGUGGUUGGGUGCCAGAAUAUAUGAUUGAGGCAGAAUUCAAUCGACUUUACGAGGAAUUAAUUACACAACCGGCUUUGGAAGAAGCUUCUCUAAAUCAUGAUGAUAAGCCAUCCAAGUGCACCAGUCGUUUAAGAAUGUUUCGUAAGCGUUCAUUUUUGGCGCCAUUUUUGCUAGUCACAUUUACGUUCUUUACGGGACAUUUUUCUGGCAAGACAACUCUACAAACGUAUGCUGUGCAGAUUUUCCAUACACUAAAAGCACCUAUUAACAAAUACCACGCGACAAUUUUGCUGGGCGUUGCAGAGAUGAUUGCCACCAUAAUGUGUGUCUUCCUCAUUCAUUUUACCGGAAAGCGGCCACUGGUUAUGAUCUCUACACUUGGCGUGGGAUUUUGCAUGUUUGGAACGGCCACCUAUGCUCAUUAUGUAAAGGUGGUGCCUGGUUUUGCGGUGGACAAUGUGGUCAUAAAUGCUUCCAAUAUAGUUCCAAAAGAGAGUUUAAUAACACAAGCGAAUAUUAGUAAACUUUUCGAGACCGACUCAGAUGCCUUGUUACCAGCAAUGCCAGAUAAAUUGCUGAAUAAGCAAUUAUUGGAAACAACAACUCUGUACACAUUAGCGGAUGACACCAGCAUAGAGGUGACUACGUUAGUAGCCAAAAAUGACACCAAGGAAAUAUGGAGCCAAAUAUUAAAUCGCACCAAAAGAGAAGGGCAAGAACUUUCUUUUGACGACUACAAUGAUCAAUUAUCCUUUGUAGAAUUGCCCGGAUUGGAUUACACAGAUUCAAAUAAUACCAGCCGAAAUUCUACGCCAUUUUUUGAUCUUACUGACUCGGAAGAAGAUAUGGAAACAACAACAGCGUCACCUAAUUUGAGCGAAACAAUAACUACGGCUUCAUCAACAAUUUCUGUCGUCGAGCAUAAAGCGAACUUGCCAUCUACAGAAGAGGUCAGCAAGGAGAUAUUGCUACCAGUGCCAAAACAAACAACCAACAAUCUAGUGUGGCUUCCAUUAAUUUUAUUGCUGGGCAGCGCAUUUUUUGCACAUUUCGGAAUACGUAUGAUUCCUUGGAUACUUAUCGGAGAAGUAUUUCCAGCGCCGGUGCGCAGUACUGCUUCGGGUCUCGUCAGUGGAUUGGGUUAUAUUUUUGGUUUCUUGGCUAAUAAGCUUUUCUUGCAAAUGCUGUCAGCAUUCACUUUGCCAGGAACAUUUUGGCUUUAUUCGGCGGUAGCGUUGAUAGGCGCUUUUGUGUUGUAUUUCACCUUGCCCGAAACGGAAGGACGUACUUUACAUGAAAUUGAAGCACAUUUCUCGAAAAAAUCCAAUACUAAUUUAAUGAAGAAAUCAUGUCGCCAAGAUUUGAAUAAAACUUCUAUACAGCUAGAUAAUCUUCAGAAUUUACAAAUACCAGUAAGCGCACAAACAGAAGCCAAGAUAAUUCAGUUACAACAAAGUGAUUUUUUGCCAUACCAAUCGUCAAUUGGCGGCGAAAUCAACCCAGCGUUCGAAGAAAACACGACAACACAUUUAUAACAUGUAGACGGAAAUUGUAAAUAGGCGUUAAUUUAUAUAUGAGUAAAUUUGUAAUUUUCCAUCUGCAUUAUUUUGCUUGGUGUAAAUAAGUAUUAUUAUUUGUAUAAUUAUGUAUGUAUGUAGUUAACAUUGCGAAUAUGUAUAAUGUACAGGAAUGAAAGUCAUUAUUGAUCUGAAAAAUGUUGUGCAAAAAUAAUAAUAAAAAUAAUAUUACAGCUUUCGUUAGUUAA